CUAUGCAUGUAACUACUGAGAUAGGGAGAAGGGUUGGGAAGUUUGUACUUGUGUGACAAGUUGUUUAGGUUACUUAAUGGCCCAGUGAAAGUGGAUUAUUACGUUUUUUUUCACCAGCAAGAAUGGGGCAGGGAGGGGCAUGUCAAGUCACAUGCCUUGGAUACAAAGCUGUUUACAAGUGAUGGGAAGUUGCAACUGAAAAAGCUUUUGAGGAUAUAUCAGCUUAUUUAACUUGGCUACAGGCAGAGCCCCUGGACACAGAAUGUGAAAAAAGAAAAGGGGACACGGCAGCUUUUAUAUUCCUGACUUUUUCAGAUAGAGGUGAAUGGACUUAGUGAGCUGAACUGAGAGAUAUUCCCUGUAAUUGUGGAGGCUGCAUCUCUUACCAUGGCAGACUCCACGUUGGCUGAUCACAUGACGAGACUGAAACUGAAGCUUCUGGAGAAGAGAUUAGAGAAUGAACGUGAAAUGGCAGAGGAAGCUGGUGAAACUGAGCCUGAAACUGCAAGAAGCUACAAUGGACAUGAAGAAGCUCUGCACUCAGCAUUACGAAGAAGGAAGGAUCUAUUGCAUAAAUUACGUGAAGAGCAUCUUCUAGAAGAAAUUGCUCGGCCUCACACGUGGAAUGGCACAAAUCGGAAAAAAAUCAAUAUGGAACCCAUUCAUCAUAUAUCACCAAUGCACUUCCAUCAGCAACUACCUCCUCGAGAGCCUCCCAUACAUUUUUAUCCACCUCCGCCUCCACCAGAGCCACCUAGAAUCAUCCAGCAGCAGCUACCUCAGGCUCCAGCAACCAUAAUCCAGCAAUUAGCACCACAGCAGCCCCUUAUUACCCAGAUACCCCACCCACAAUCACUACAGCCUGUUCGCUCUGGCAGCAUUAAGGAAGAUAUGGUGGAAAUGAUGCUUAUGCAGAAUGCUCAAAUGCAUCAGAUUAUUAUGCAGAACAUGAUGUUAAAGGCUCUUCCUCCAAUGGCUCUGUCACAACCUGCAGGUAGUUUACCCUCAACACACAACUCAGCACUACAGGACCCUCACAAUGCUGGUCCUGUGGUUCUGAGAGCUGAAAAAAUGCGACCAUCCUCAGUGCACCAUCAUCACCACUACACCCCACCUAACAUUCCUGGUGGGCCUCUUCCCAUGCAGCCAGGACCUGGUUAUCCAUUGUGGCCCCACAUGAUGCCAUCAAACACUAUGGGGCAGAUGAAUUCAUUUCCUCCUGCUGUUCACCAUUUUACUGGUCCAACAACCUUCCUGCCAGCCAUGCAGACUAACAGAUGGAUUCCUCCCCAGAAUUCCGAGUGGCCUGUGAGACCCUGAGCUAAUAAGAUGAAAACUGGAGGAAAUAUAAAGUGCUUCCAAUGUCAUAAUGCUGCAGAUCCUAUACUGAAUAUGAACACCAUGAAGAUUCCUAGGGAACCAAAAACUUUAUUGGGAAAUUAGGGUUUUGUUAAAUGAAUGUGUAUCCAUUGCUAGCAGGCUUCUAACUUUCCAGCCAGACAUGUAACUUAUUGCUCUACAUGUUUCCUUUAACUCAAAUGACUUACUCAGCUUUAUGAUUCAUUGCUUUAGAACCAGUUAUCCACCUAGUUUUAAUUCAUAUUUUCUAUUUUUAGAACAAAAUUUCACAUUAUUUAGAGGGAUUAUGAAGAACCACCCUUGACAGCAUAGGGGUCCAUUUUUGUGGCCCAACCCAGAGGUUAAGGUCCCUGCUUUAAAGGACCAAUAACAUAGAAUUUCUUUUUUAAAAAAAAUGUGUUUCUUUGCAACGAAAAAAAAACACCAAGACAGUUUAAACUUUUAAAUCGCAAAGCUUUUAUUAAGAAAUUACUUACCGAUUCUCUGCAUGUGCUCAUCUUCAGAAACGCCGUUGCCGGUACACAAAUGAUUUUGUGCAGAGAAAAUGUUGAUUUCAUAGACACAAGACAUAACUACAGUUAAGACCGCAGUUCAUUAAAAUGCAAUACUAUGAGUGUUUCCAAUUAUAUAUCUAACUUUGUACUUGUUUAAUACUA